AUGGAGGUGGAACAGAAGUGCAAGUUCACCGCGGUGCCCUUCGGCUACUUCGCGCGGGAGCAGCUCGACCACAAGGGCCCGCGAAGCAACGUCGACCGCGGAGACCCGCACGAUUUCUCCAGGCCGAUGCUCCGGGGCAUGCAAGGCGGGCGCGCGUCGUGCGGCAGCUGGGCGUGCAGCGAGGGCGGUUGGGACUCGCCAAACCCUCGCGGCACCACCGAGUGGUUCUACGUCUUCUCCGGGCGCGGCGCGGUGACGGACCCGGACGGCACUGCACAUCCCUUCGGCCCCGGCGACGUCGUCGUCUUACCCAAGGGAUGGCUCGGGCGGUGGGACGUGCACGAGUUCAUCCACAAGGUGUGGCUGGUGUGCGAGCACGAGGACGUGGGAGGCGCGAGUCGCAGGCCGGUGGUCAUGCACGCGUCGCAGCUCGUCCCAUCCGAUGCGCCGAGCUCCGGAAGCUCUGGACGAAUCGGCAACGUGUGCUACGACGUGGGGUGCGUCAAGGUGGGCGCCUGGUCCGCCGCGCCGGGAACGUACGUCAUACCCGAGCGUUCAUCCACCGAAGUCUUUCACGUCGUCGACGGCGAGUUCUUCGUCACGGACGGCCCGCCCGACGGCGCCAGCGCCAGGCGGUGCGUGCGAGGCGACACCGUCGUCCUCCCCGAGGGUUGGAACGGUCGCGUCGACGUCGUGGGUAACGCCGCGGCGCGCGCGGUGUGUUGUGAGGUGAGCAGGGACGAGGCCCGCGCGCACGGCGGCGUCGCGCCCGGCGCGGCGAGGCCCACGGCGGAGGCGCUCGCCGCGAGCAGGCCGCCGCCGCCGCCGCCCGCGGGCGGGUUCGCGCCGACCCCAAAAACAACCGUGACGUACGAUCCCGAUCAGUACGACCCGGAUGCGAACGCCGGCCGCACAGCUGGCGGCGGCGGGUUCGUCCCGGCCCGGAGCUCCGGCGGCGGCGGCGGCGGCGGCGGGCGGCCCACGAGGGUUACCCGCGGCGACGACGGGGUGGUUUACGACCCCGACCAGUACGACCCGGAAAACGCGGGUCGAUCCCGCUGA